GCCUGGAGGCAGCCAGAGCGUCCUCUCGGCACAGCUGUGCUUCCCCACUCUUUGUCGGCGUCUGCUGCUUUCUCCUGCGCUUCUCUAUCCGGCAGAAGGAUACAAAGAGAGAGGCGGACAGCAUGAAAUAGAGACGGAGCAUGAGAGCGGCGGAGGCAGCAGAGGGACGCGACAAACCCAGCCGGACUACAGUCUAGUCCACACACGGAUACUAUUAUCUCCGGACUGGAUACGGAGCUCCGCCGAUGUACGCACUGGAUUUCACCCACCAAAGAGUGUCGAGACCGGGGGGAGAGGGGCGGACUUUAUCGCGCAGGACCGUCGGGCUGUGGUAGCUAACCAUGGAUAAAACUUUGCACAUUCUCCAGAAAUCCGCAGACGGUGUGCCGACUGGGAUCUCGCUGGAUAUGAGUCUGAACAUGGACGAAGGGGAGGAUUUCACCGAGCAGCAGAUCGUGGGGCUCCCGGACAAAAUACCUCUGGUGAAACCUUAUUUCAAGAAGAAGCAGAGGAAAUUGGACGCCAAAUGCCUCCACCGCGCCCUGGAGGAUCCUAUACUGACCACUUUACUGAGCACGGACACGCUGGUCUCCGGGGACGGGGUGUUUGUUCCCCGGAACCAGCCGGGCCGGACUCCUGGCACCUUGUGCGCGGCGGCCGUGGUGAAACAGAACUGUAUGGGCCAGGUGUGUCUCAAAGACCCAGGAGCCGCCGACGAUGCCACAGCUGGAGCUGGAGUGCCGGGGCUGAUGACCCGGGACGGUGAUGUGGAAUUAGCCGAUACUACUGCGGAGCUGGAGGAGACCGAGCGGCGAGGGGAGCGACCCAAGAUCACGGAUCCCACCCCCGACAGCCGCUGCUUUCAGCCUAAACCUGGCCUCAGGGCGGCUGGGAGCACCGUGACAAUAACGCCCCCCAGCAGGGAUAUACCUCCCGUGGUGGCACCCCAGGCUCCUCACCAGGAGGGGGGCAUCAAAAGCAAUGACCUCUUGACCCCCGGGUCCAAGAGCCCUCCAGUCAAAGACCGCUCAGGCCUCCAGGACCCCCAUCCCCUCAUCCUGCAGCCCGACAAAGGAGUGCUAUUUCAGGAUAAAAGUGAGGAGGCCUCCCUCGACCUGGUUUUCGAGCUGCUCACCCAGCUCCAGUAUCACACGCAUCAGUCGGACUCGGUGGACAUUUGUGUGGAUUUCCUCCAAGGACAGUGUGUUUAUGGGAAUGACUGUGCCCACCACCACACCGUGCUGCCCUUCCACUGGCAGAUCCGCAGGAGCAGUAGUCAGACGUGGCAGAGCAUAGCAGACGACUCCCAGGAACAGCUGGAGAGACUGUACUGCAACCCGGACAAUGAGCAAGUCAGGCUCAAGUUUCAGGGUCGAGUGUUUUCCCUAGAUUUUGGGGCGAUGCGAGUAUGUGACCUGGAGUUUGACCGCGUCCGACGACUGACCACCCCCGCCAGCCCUCUACCCAUCCCAACGACAAACCCACACCCCAACCCCAGCUGUCACACAGUGUGGAAGUACUACUGCAGAGACAACUUUGGCUGGAGGGAAUACUCCGAGCCGGUGGUGAAGCUCAUAGAGGAGGCAAGUUCAAGGGGUCUUAAGGAGGUGCGGUUCAUAACGCUCCAGAACCAGUAUAUCCUCAACAUCAGGGAGGGCUUCCAGCAGAAUGCCGUCUUCGGGUUCAGGCGCCAGAUCAAGAAGCGGCCCAUGUUCAUGUCCUCCGUGAUGCUAACACCCCACCUACAGACUUUGGGUGGCCUCUCUUCAUCUCCCCUCCCCUGUUCCUCCACCUCUUCCUCCUCUUCCUCCUCCUCAUCCAUGGAGCUCUCCGCGUCACAUCCCCUCUCGCCGACGACCACCAACCCACCCAGCCUCUUUCCGGAAACGUGGUUGCCCAUGACGAUGAGCCAGGACUUCCUGCAGGUACCGGUCUCACGUGAAGACCGCAGCUACCGGACGGUUUACAGCCUUUUCCACAAGACAGUUUCGGAGACCAAGUUCAGGAUCAUCAAGAUCCAGCGUGUGCAGAACCCCUUCCUCUGGGAGAAGUACAAGAGGAAGAAGGAGUACAUGUCCCGGCGUAUGUCGGAGAUGGACCGGCUGCUGAGCGAGCGCCACCUCUUCCACGGCACCUCGGCCGACGUGGUGGAGGGCAUCUGCAAGCACAACUUCGACCCCCGAGUCUGCGGCAAACAUGCCACCAUGUUCGGCCAGGGCUCCUACUUCGCCCGUAAGGCCGUCUACUCCCACAACUUCUCCAAGCGCUCGCCCAAAGGAGUCCACUGCAUGUUCCUGGCCAAAGUCCUCACUGGCAGGUUAACUGUAGGAAACCCCUCCAUGCGGCGACCUCCACCCAUCAACCCCCGUGACCCCUCCAGUGACCUUUUUGACUCCUGUGUGGACAACUGGGUGGACCCCCAGAUCUACGUCAUCUUCAACGAUGACCAGAGCUACCCUUACUUUAUCAUUCACUAUGAGGAGGUACCCAGCACUGUCACCAUCUAAGCCCUGGAUCAGACCUGGAUCUGUCUGUAUUUGCACACACUUUGCUCAUGUAGUCUGUCGAUGUGCGAGAUGGGUGGAGUUUUCCACUUGGGACGAAAAGGAAUGGAAAUUUGGAUUGGGACUGUUGCUUCAACCAACUGAACUUCACCCAUCUGCUGCGCUAAACAGGUUAAAACCGUCAGACAAGUUUGCAAAUACUCAGCUGUUUAGGUCUACAAGUCAACUGGAUCCAACCAGACUGGACUGCAGUAAAGACUGGUCCAGACCGGAUUAAACUGGAAAGAACUGGACUAGCAGAGGACUGUUUCAUCCAGCAUUCGGAGGUGAAUAACAACAGACUUGCCUGGACUCAUAUACCGCGCUUUGUUAUCGAGCAUGAACAGGAGCCUGCAGUGGCGAUCACGGGACACACAAGGAUUUAUCUACCUUAUUGAUCUGGAGCAGAUGCAGGAACAACCAAACCCAGCCCUCUUAUCAUUUAGUUGUAUGGCUGUAUAUGAACUCCACAUCAGGACAAAGGCUGCAGUAGACAGUUAGCGUCCUGCCAGUACUGUGAAUGACCAGCUGGCCAUAUUAUUAUUAUUAUGAGGAAGCAGCAAGCAACCAAUCUAACGCUUCCAUAGAGAAACCACGGCGACACUGACUCCUGUCGGUCUCUUACAAAAAUCAUAAUAGUGAGUGUUUACCCGGCCUCCGACCCAUUCGUUUUUAUUUUUCCAAGUCUAUGUGCUGCGUGUUUGAAUCUUUUACGUUAGUGGACAUGAAUCUUGUGGCCUCUUCAAACAGACAACGGACAUGAGUUUCAGUGGGACCUUUUACAAAUGGACAUCCACAUAUUGUAAAGCCCCCCAUGCAGAAGUUUCACAUGAAAGCCGGUGCUGUUUCCGGUUGGCGUUUUUGCCUUCGCGCCCACCGCUUAAGUUCCUCGCGGGGUGGAUUGAAGAGUGUACAGUUUCUCGCUGAGACUAUGUGCUGCAGCAGUGCGGCGGCAGCGCUGUAGCAUUUUGUCAACGAACCCCCUCUGAAACUCAUCUCUCUUGGACCGCUCUCUCUCUCUGAGACAGUAGACAUGUGACAAACUGUACAGAUGUUCUCUUUGUUUAUAUUUGAACUGUGUGCCUUUUGUUCAUAAAAAUUUUAUUUAUGUUAGUUUAAUGUAACAUUGAUUAAAUAAAGAAUCUAAAAGAAAAAAAUGA